AUGGGUCCCUGGAGCCUGGACCAGCUGCCCAGUGGCCAGGAGAAGCAGGAUGUGCCCACUGAGGUGAUGCCCAUCAUAGAUGAAUACCUGCGCAGCAGCUCAGAUGGACAAGCCACGUGAGAAGCCUUCCAGGAGUUGAUAAGCAACGUUGUCAUGAACAUGAAUUUUUCCAGAAACCUCCAAGAUUCUGGGGUCUCCAUCUUUUUCUAUGAGUUCCAGCAUCGACCCAGUUCUUUUGAGAAGAUCGAGCCGGCCUGGGUGCGGACUGAUCAUGGGGCUGAGAAGACCUUCACCUUCGGGGGUUCUUUCCUCGUGGAUGAGAGCUCCAUGCUGGCCUUUCCAGAAGCCACAGAAGAGUAGCAGCAGCUGAGCCUCACCACGAUGGCCCAGUGGACCCCCUUCUCCUGGACAGGGGAUCCCAACGGCAAGGGGCUACCUCCUUGGCCCCCAUUCAGCUGUUCAGAGCAGUACCUGGCGAUCAGCCUGGUGCCACGGGUCAGCCAGAAGCUAAGGAAGGCCCGACAGCAGUUCUGGGCAGAGACACUGCCCACCAAGAUCUGGCAGUGGCAGCAGAAGCAGAAGGGCAGGAAGGUCCAGGAGGAGCUCUGAGGAAGCUCCUGGGUCUUCUGGGCUGGGCGCCAACCCUAGGGGCGGCCAAGUCCCAACAAGGCGGCCUCCUUCUCCCCCUGCUAAGAGACUUUCACCCAAACCAGGUUGAUGGGUGGUCAUGUCGCUUGAAGCAUCAGCCCCUCCAUGACUCCUUUGACACAUCACCUACUUCCCAUCUAGGGGGCCUUUGCCCAAACUUCUCCCUCUUCCCACUUGCUGCAUGGCGAGUUCCAGCUCAUACCUCAA